GCUGCAGAAUUCUUUAUUUUCUUGGGCGAUGUUGCUUGUCCUCCCCCCAAUAUCAACAACAACCACAACGCACACAAGGCACACCACACACAAGCAAGGCACUCCUCUCUGACUGAUGGACGCGUAGUUGGAGUGCAGAAGACACAGACAAAGCCCAAACAGCAAGCACACAGCGGCAGGGAGGCACGCACGCACACAAGAUGGCUCGCUCGUGUUGCGCGGUGGGAUUGGUGCUGCUGCUGGUUCUGUGCCUGGCGCCAGGUUAUGUCGGCGGCAUCAUUGUUCGCACGACGUUUGAUGUGGAUCGGCAAAGUGAUCGUGGUUCGUUCAAGAUACUCCGUUCCCAACUGUUUGGCUUCCAGCGUGGCGGUUCCCUAAGCCUACAUCUCGACUGCGAUGGGAAGGUAGCGUCGCCGUCCCUCAUCGCCGUGACGUACACGGACCUCUCAGAUUGGAUUGGCACGGGUCGGCCGUGUUCAAGUCUCCAGGCAACCGAGCAGGUGUUCAACCUCACAAACAACCUCGACCCAGAAAGCACCCCAACGCACCCCAUCUAUGCGUUGGAGGAGCCAUAUGGGGGCGAGGACCGGUCCAAGCUGUACACGUUCAUCAUCCGCGACUGUGGGCCAUACACCGCACAGGAGCGCACGCAGGACGCCACCUGCGAGGUGUAUUUGGUUGCCCUCAACCCCGGCGGCGAGCACCUCAGCAGAGAUCAGGUUAUGCUGCCUGAUGUGUAUCUUGGGCUGCUCAUCUGCUGGGGGUGCAUCCUCUUCUUCUGGGGCGUCAACACCUGCCUGUACUCGCAGUACUCGAAUGGCCUGCACACGGUGCUGACGAUUGCGCCACUGCUCAAGACGGCGACACUCGCCUUUGAGCUCAACAAGUACACGUUCAUCAGCAACCACGGGUGGACGCCCGCCGAUGCGGAGGUGGCGCGCAUUCUUCUGCUGCACACGGAGAACGCCGUCUUCUUCAUCACCCUCCUCCUCAUCUCAAACGGGUUGGUGACGCUGCUCGAGGCGCGGGGGCGGCCGUUUGCAAUUCUGGUGGCGACAACGCCGGCACUGCUGCUCGAGUUCAUCAAGAACCGCAUGCGCACACGCGCGGGAGACAGAGAGCGCAGUGCAGCGCGAAGAGCACAGGCAGCACACGGCCACGACGACGAUGAUGAUGGGGGUGAUGGGGGUGGUGAAGAAGGUGGUGAAGAAGAUGAUGGCAGGGAAGCUGAUGGUGAUGAUGAUGAUGGUGGUGAUGAUGAGAGGAAUGAUGAGGAGAGGAAUGAUGGGGAGGGUGAAAGGGAUGGCGACAACAGCGAUGACGAUGAUGAAGGGGAUCAACAUGAAGCGGUCGAGAGGGAAGCACCCGAGGCGACCCAGUCACGCAGCAUUUGAGCCGUCUCGCAUGUCUUGAUUUGCUUCGUUAUUGCCCGCACUCUUCCGCAUUAGUUAUUACAUUUCUUGCUUGCUUGCGCUGACCGUGUUGCAAGUCUGUUCGUUGUUAGUGGAUGAGUGGAUGAGUGUGAGUAAACCCAGACAGACACCUUCUUGUCUUUCAC